UCCCCUUGCUGUCGCUCCCGCUCCGGUCUAUGGUGCAGCCGGGACCCAGGACCAUGUCGCGCUCCGAAGAGGUGCACCGACUGACCGAGAAUGUCUACAAGACAAUUAUGGAACAGUUCAACCCUAGCCUCAGGAACUUCAUUUCCAUGGGGAAGAACUAUGAAAAAGCCCUGGCAGGUGUUACAUUUGCUGCAAAAGGUUAUUUCGAUGCCCUUGUAAAAAUGGGAGAGUUGGCCAGUGAAAGUCAAGGCUCAAAAGAACUUGGGGAUGUACUCUUCCAGAUGGCAGAAGUUCACAGGCAGAUUCAGAAUCAGUUAGAAGAGAUGCUGAAGUCUUUUCACAAUGAACUACUCACACAGCUGGAGCAGAAAGUGGAAUUAGAUUCCAGGUACCUAAGUGCUGCACUGAAAAAAUACCAGACAGAGCAAAGGAGCAAAGGGGAUGCCCUUGAUAAGUGUCAGGCUGAGCUGAAGAAACUCCGUAAGAAGAGCCAGGGGAGUAAAAACCCUCAGAAGUACUCUGACAAGGAGCUGCAGUUCAUAGAUGCGAUCAGUAACAAGCAAGGUGAAUUGGAGAAUUAUGUGUCGGAUGGCUAUAAGACAGCCCUCACUGAAGAACGGAGAAGGUUUUGCUUCUUGGUGGAAAAGCAAUGUGCUGUGGCCAAAAAUUCAGUCUCCUACCAUUCUAAGGGAAAGGACAUGCUGACUCAGAAACUCCCAUUGUGGCAGCAGUCCUGUGCCGACCCCAAUAAAAUCCCAGAUCGAGCCAUCCAACUGAUGCAACAGAUGGCGGCCAGCAGCAACGGCACAGUCAUGCCCAGCUCCCUGUCUGCUUCCAAGUCCAACUUAGUCAUCUCAGAUCCCAUCCCUGGUGCCAAACCACUUCCAGUGCCCCCAGAGCUGGCCCCGUUUGUAGGGCGUAUGUCUGCCCAGGAGAAUGUGCCUGUCAUGAAUGGGGUCUCAGGUCCAGACAGUGAAGACUACAACCACUGGUCUGACAGGAAGCCAACCCAGCCCAAAUCCCUGUCUCCUCCUCAGACCCAGAACAAGAUGAGUGACUCCUACUCAAACACACUUCCUGUGCGCAAGAGCGUUGCCCCGAAAAACAGCUACGCAACCACCGAGAACAAAACUCUUCCUCGCUCUAGCUCCAUGGCAGCUGGUCUGGAGCGAAAUGGCCGAAUGAGGGUGCAAGCCAUCUUCUCCCAUGCUGCUGGUGACAACAGCACCCUUCUGAGCUUCAAAGAGGGAGAUCUCAUCACCCUGCUGGUCCCUGAGGCCCGGGAUGGCUGGCACUAUGGCGAGAGUGAGAAAACCAAAAUGAGGGGCUGGUUUCCUUUCUCCUACACCCGAGUUUUGGACAGUGAAGUCAGUGACAGAUUGCACAUGAGUCUGCAACAAGGAAAAAGCAGCAGCACAGGCAACCUCCUAGACAAAGAGGAUCUGGCCAUCCCACCCCCAGAUUAUGGGGUGUCCUCUUCAAGGGCCUUCCCGGCCCAGACGGCCAGCACCUUCAAGCAAAGACCCUACAGCGUGGCCGUACCUGCCUUCUCCCAGGGCCUAGAUGACUAUGGUUCCCGAUCUGUGAGCAGUGGCAGUGGGACUCUGGUCUCAACAGUGUGAGGACCCCUUGACUAGAAAUGGCACCUGCUGCUUUGAAGAGAUUUUCUGCUUCUCUUUUUCCCUUCCCCCUGACUUGAUUUCUCUGAUUUAUUUGGUCUCUCCCUUUUUCUUUUUCCCCUUCUUCAACUCAUUGGUUUGUUCUUGGGUAGUCUUUUUUCCCCCUUGCCUUUUGGUUGGUGACAUUUUAAACUCUGUGAUCAUCAAGGAUCCAUGGUGCUGCUUCAUCUCUGUUUCUUUAUUCCUCAUCCCUGCCCUGCCCCCGACUCUGGUCCAAAGCCUUUCAGAGUACAAACUGCCCAAUGGGGGUGUCUGCUCCCCUGGGGAGUGGCAACUUGGAUGCAGUGUCUACAACCUUUCUGCUGCCUCCUUCUCCCCGCAUACCUUUGGAUGUACAAUGCACUAUCCCUUUUCUAAAGCUCUUUCCUGAGCCAUGUUUAGAGUUUGAAAGCAAAAGAAAAUCCUUAGCAGAUAAAGGACUCCCUCCAUGGCACCCCCAAAUACCAACACCUUCAUACACACCACAAAACAAAACACAUCCAAACCCAAUAUGCAUGGACUAAUGGUGUAUAUACUGUUACUUUUUUUUUUUCCCCAAUAUGACUUUCACUGGGUUCACAGCCCAGUUUCUUUAUUAGGAAAGGGAAGGCAGACUAAAGACUCUUAGAAAGGCUAUGGUCUUUCUCUUUGAGGGCAGGCUUGAAAU